UUUGAUAUUUUUGACAUUUUCCUUUGCCGGUACGAUUUAAAGGGACCCAUAAUAAACAGUGCAGAUGUUUUGCUAAGCGGCUUGUAAUUUUUAGCAAUCAUUAUUGUAUAGUUAUAGUUUAAAUUUAAUAAAGAGAUUAUUGUUUAACCUUGUCACUAUAAUAACUAAGCAGUAUAUUCCUAACUGUAAUCUGUCCUAAUGGACAAGACUGAGAAGAAAUCGGCCAGCAAGUGCAUAACGGAAAGUUGCAGAAACUAUGGCAUCACAACCAGACCGCAUGCCAGCAAUGGACUUUGGCUAGCAAGUCUCUUGUUCAUGAGUCAAGCCGUCAACGUUUGGAACCGAGACAAUCAUUCUGUUACGCUCAACUACAAACGAUCGACUAUCGUAAGCUUCGGUCUUCUCUUGCAUUCGAUUCUGAUAUUCAUAUCAUUGCGCUCCGGGAAAUGCCAACGCCCAGGAGUAAAAUUGCUCUAUACCCUGUUUAGCAUUGGAACAACCAGUAGCUUACUGAUGGUGUGUUUGAAGGACAACGCCAUCAUUAGCUCAGUUAGCGCCAUCCUGGUGGUGGUUUUAUAUGAUAGCAUUUAUUUCCGACUGCUGAAGCAGAUGCCCAAAAGCUUUACUCUAGGUGAAGCAACGGUAGUUGGACAGGGAUUGACCAUAUUCGCAUACUAUGCCUUUCUGCAGCUACCGAGGGUCGUUCUUGAUGCAAAGCCCUCCUCGGAUCUGAAUGUAAUGCAUCUUUUGUUGCAGGUAAUACUCCUGGGAAUCGGCGUUAUCCUGGCUUUGUGUCACCUCGUUCCGUUUUUGCGACACUCUGUUGUAUUUUAUUUAUUGACUACUGUUAUCGCUACUGGUACAGCCAUGUUUCCCAUUUUUGGCCAGCCAACAGUUCAAGUUUUAUUCAAGUUUAUCCUGAGUGACACUGAUCGCAUGCUGGUAAUUGCACUAUAUAUGACACUGCUGAUCGUGACAAGCGUUUUCGUAGUUUGGCAAAUCAACCGCCAGAUCAGCGCCAAUACGACUACCAGAAAAAUGUUUCACAUAAUCAUGGUACUGGUGUACCUUCCGGGACUUUGGUCACAAUGUACACUGCUCUUCCUAGCUUCCGGACUGAUGUUGGGAUUACUGCUUAUGUUAGAGGCUGCCCGCAUAAUUCAGCUAAAGCCACUUUAUCCAUCACUUGACAUGGCUGUACGUUGCUUCAUAGAUGAAAAGGAUGCAGGCCCGGUUGCUCUUACGCCGAUUUACUUGCUGGUAGGGUGUUCAUUGCCUAUGUGGCUACAUCCAAUGCCCUGUGAUUUAACCGACUCUGCAGGAUUAAAUUUACUAAAGCUGUUAGCGGGAGUUCUAUCGGUAGGAAUCGGAGAUACCAUGGCCAGCGUUUGUGGUUAUCUGAUCGGCAAACACAAAUGGCCUGGCACGUCCAAAUCCGUCGAGGGCACCCUGGCAAGUGUCGUCGGUCAGGCUGGUUUGGUGUUCCUACUAUAUAGAUUGAGCUUUAUUCAUUUGAAUACGUUACGAGCUGCUACUGCUGGUGCUGCUAUAAUCUUAAAUGCAAUCGUUGAGGCUAAAACUAAUCAAGUGGACAAUCUUGUAUUACCUUUGGUGACAUAUAUUGUGUUAGGUACUGCUUAGAGAAAACUGAAGAUUUAUAUAUUUAAUAAGAUACCGUUCUUUUAAUAAACUAAAGAAUGUUUGUAAUUUAUGUUGUUAA